AUGAGUAAACUUUCUUGGCACGCCACAGCUUCACUCUUAGAAGACGUUGAUUGGCCAUUUUAUGUUGUAGUAACUUAUGGACAUGGAUACCAAUAUUUUAGUGGUAUAUUAAGAACAUUUGAUAAAUAUGGUAAUAUUUCAUUAUCCGAUUGUCAAGAACACAUUUAUUUUAAUGGGUUCCAAGCUCAUAAACCUUUAGGAAAAGUAUUAACUGUUUUUGGUGAUUCAGUCGCAAUGUGUGGAAGAUAUGACAAGACAAAAUCAAAAAAUAUUCCAGAAAAACCAUUUGCUGAAUUAGAACGAGAAUACAAGAAAUCUGUUACAUUCUGA